UGGAGGUUUUCUCACCCACACUACAUAGAUGGAGAAUAAAAGGAAUGUGACUGAAUUCAUUUUAAUAGGUCUUACACAGAACCCCAAAAUGCAGAAAGUCAUGUUUGUAGUAUUUUUGGUUCUGUACAUGAUAACACUUUCAGGCAAUCUGCUCAUUGUGGUUGCCAUUACCACCAGCCAGGCUCUGGGCUCCCCCAUGUACUUCUUCCUGACCCACCUUUCUUUGAUAGACACAGUUUAUUCUUCUUCUUCAGCUCCUAAGUUGAUUGUGGAUUCCCUUCAUGAGAAGAAAAUCAUCUCCUUUAAUGGAUGUAUGGCUCAAGCCUAUGCAGAACACAUUUUUGGUGCUACUGAGAUCAUCCUGCUGACAGUGAUGGCCUAUGACCGCUAUGUGGCCAUCUGCAAACCUCUGCACUACACAGCCAUCAUGAGCCACAGUCUGUGCAUUCUCCUUGUGGCAGUUUCCUGGAUGGGAGGAUUUCUCCAUGCAACUAUUCAGAUUCUCUUUACAGUAUGGCUGCCCUUCUGUGGCCCCAAUGUCAUCGACCACUUCAUGUGUGACUUGUACCCUUUGUUAAAACUUGUUUGCAUGGACACUCAUACCCUUGGUCUCUUUGUUGCUUCCAACAGUGGGUUCAUCUGCUUAUUAAACUUCCUUCUCUUGGUGGUAUCCUAUGUGAUCAUCUUGAGAUCUUUAAAGAACUAUAGCUUGGAGGGGAGGCGUAAAGCCCUCUCCACCUGUAUCUCUCACAUCACAGUAGUCGUCUUAUUCUUUGUGCCCUGUAUGUUUGUGUAUCUGCGCCCAGUGACCACUCUGCCCAUUGAUAAAGCUGUUGCAGUAUUUUAUACUAUGGUGGUCCCAAUGUUAAAUCCUUUGAUCUACACACUCAGAAAUGCUGAGGUAAAGAGCGCAAUAAGGAAGCUUUGGAGAAAAAAAUGAUUUCAGGUAAUGAUUAAAUAAGACUGUUGAGCACUCAGCACAGAGGUAAUAGGUAUGUAAACUUCUUGAUUUGUAGAUGAAUAUAUUGACUCUAACAAGGGUUUGGCUGAUGUUGCAGAUAGUCCCUAAAACGUAAAGCAAAAGUUUGGACUUUAAAGCUUACUGUUCUCUUAUUCCAUACUCCUGUCAUCCCCACUAUUGCUUUUUAAUCAGUAUGUAUUCAUCAAUUGCCUGGAAAUUUGAAACAUCUCUAGUUGCUAAAAAGUAUAAAUGUAGAAUAUUACAUUGAUGUUGAAACAAUCUUAUGGUAUAAUGAGCUGUUGGUUACUGCUGAUUAUUGAAAUUUACAUGUUUAAUAAUAUUUCUUUGCUUUGGACUCUGG